CUCUCUCUCUCUCUCUCUCUCUCUCUCUCUCUUUAUGUUUUUCUGUCUUUCUCUCUCUAAUAUUCACUAUUAUCUUCAUCGGAUCGCUUAUCUUCUCUCUCCUCUGAAUUAUCCGCCCUUUACUGCUUCUUUUGGCUGAUUUUCCUCUCAAAUUGGCCUCGUCUUACCCUAUCAGUGACGUCAAGGGGUUUCUCUGCAAUUUGAGGUUUUGAGGUGUUGUAGGGAGCCCUAGGGUUUGGUGCAGUGCCAUGGAUUCCGAGGAUGACAUGCACGACGCCAAUGAUGUGGAGUCCCUCGAUGAUUUCUACAGCGGAGAGACGGCCUUGGCCAGUGAUGAAGAUGAUGGGGAUUACGAGUUCAUAGAUAAUGAUAGUGAUGAUUCAGAGGAUCGAACUUCACAUAGGCAGCAGCAGAACUACAUAAUUUUGAGUGAAGAAGACAUAUGCGUACGCCAAGAAGAGGAUAUAACAGGGAUAUCCACUGUACUUUUCAUAUCGAGAGUGGCUGCAAGCAUACUCUUGCGUCACUAUAAUUGGGAUGUCAGUAAGGUCCAUGACGCAUGGUUUGUUGAUGAGGAGGGAGUUCGGAAGACUGUUGGUUUGCUGGAGAAGCCAGUUGUGGAAUUUAACUUAAGUCCCAAAGAACCUACUUGUGGGAUAUGUUUUGAGACUUAUCCUUGUGAGCGGAUGAAUGCUGCUGCUUGUGGUCAUCAUUUUUGUUGUGCAUGUUGGACAGGUUACAUAAGCACAUCAAUAAAUGAUGGUCCUGGAUGCUUGAUGUUGCGAUGCCCUGAUCCAUCGUGUGGUGCUGCUGUUGGUCAAGAUAUGAUCAAUAUGCUGGCUUCUGAGGAUGAUAGGGACAAGUAUUCGCGUUAUCUUCUUAGGUCCUAUGUUGAAGAUAAUAAAAAGACAAAAUGGUGUCCAGCUCCCGGAUGCGAAUAUGCAGUGGACUUUGUUGUUGGUAGCGCGAGCUAUGAUGUUUCUUGCAACUGCUCAUAUAAUUUCUGCUGGAAUUGUACUGAGGAAGCUCAUCGUCCAGUUGACUGUGAAACAGUUGCCAAGUGGAUCUUGAAGAAUAGUGCUGAGUCUGAAAACAUGAACUGGAUAUUAGCCAAUUCUAAGCCUUGUCCAAAGUGCAAGCGGCCAAUUGAGAAAAACCAGGGUUGUAUGCAUAUUACCUGCACUCCUCCUUGCAAAUUUGAGUUUUGCUGGCUGUGCCUUGGUUCAUGGUCCGAUCAUGGCGAACGUACAGGUGGUUUCUAUGCUUGCAAUCGUUAUGAGACAGCAAAACAGGAGGGAGUGUAUGAUGAAACUGAGAAAAGAAGAGAGAUGGCUAAAAAUUCUUUGGAGAGGUACACGCAUUACUAUGAGCGUUGGGCAACCAACCAGUCGUCAAGGGCUAAGGCACUCUCGGAUCUUCAACAGAUGCAAGCUGUGCAGCUUGAGAAGUUGAGCGACAAGCAAUGUCAACCCGGAUCUCAACUCAAGUUCAUCACGGAGGCCUGGUUACAGAUAGUUGAGUGUAGGCGAGUACUAAAAUGGACAUAUGCCUAUGGGUAUUACCUCCCUGAGCAGGAGCAUGCCAAGCGUCAAUUUUUUGAGUAUCUGCAAGGUGAGGCUGAGUCUGGUUUAGAAAGGCUUCACCAAUGUGCAGAAAAGGAGUUGCACGUUUACCUAGAGGCAGUGGGCCCUUCCAAGGAUUUCAAUGAGUUUCGUACAAAGCUAGCAGGGCUGACCAGUGUAACCCGAAAUUACUUCGAGAACCUGGUUCGUGCCCUUGAGAAUGGACUAUCUGAUGUCGACACCCAUGGAGCGUGUAGCCGGACGAGUAGCUCGAAGAACCUCGGUGGUGGUGGUGGCAGCAAAAGUAGAGGGGGAAGGGGCAAGAUUACGAGCCAAAGGCCCUUCCCAAGCCAAACCAAAGGUCUCGACGACACUAACCACUGGUCUUGCCAACACUGCACCUUUGCCAAUCUCAACUCGGCUACUACAUGCCAUAUGUGCCACAACCGUCGAUGAUUAUACAGCGCUCCAUACCCCCCAUGUCCCACUCUCUCAAUGCGAUGAUACACGGAUGGCUUCAGAAAGCUCGCGAUCCAAUUGUAUGAACAAAACCCAUGGGCCAAGCCUCUCUCUCUCUCUCUCUCGCAAUGUAUGUGGGCCUUGCUUGUGUGCUUUAAAGAACAGCUACAUAGCUGCUUUUUCUUGUAAAUAUGUGUGACGCUUUGGUUUUGUUAUUGGUUACAGGAGAGACGUUAACUUAGACUGAGCUUUAUGAAAUAUUAGCAGCAUUCCAUUUCUUGGCUGCUUCUUGUA